GACAGCCUGUAUAAAGUAUUACUAUGGCAUUAAUCCAAAUGUAACUGUAUGUAUGUAAUAUAUGUCAAAAAUACAUUGAGAAACAUGCAUUUUUAUUCCACAGAUCUGACCUGUACAUUUGCAUGGUGGGGGUUUCUUUGCCAUUGAUAUUGUGGAACAUCCCAGGGAAAGCAGGAACAGAUGGAGACAACCAGCCUCCAGUGUUCCCUACGCAGACGGUGUAUGCUGGUAACUCGACUGUAUGCAGGGCAGGUCUUCUUUCCCCAUGAUUCUGAUGUCUGAGAGGAGAGUGAGGAGAAUGGAGAUAUUCAUCUUCUACAGAAGAGACCAUUAAAGUCAUCAAGAGGCUCCUGUUGGACUUUCCUGAGGUGGUCACCAAACAAGGUCUCUUGGUUGUUUGGAGAUAAAAAAGACAUCAUGGACCCUGGACUGUGGAGUAUUUUAAUUUUUUUAUCCUUUUCAGUCAGCACUGAAGCUCUAACAAAACACCCCAUUUUAACAAGAAUACGAAGAGCUCCAGAGUCUGAACCUAAAAAGUGCUCCUACACGUUCCUUGUUCCUGAGCAGAAGAUCACUGGCCCCAUCUGUGCAGCUCGUGGUUAUUCAACAGACAAAGACCGAGUGACAAGACUGGAUGUGGCUGCCAUGCGGGAUCUUCUAUCAAAACAGCGCAGAGAGAUGGAGACUCUGAAACUAGUGGUGGAUGUGGACGGGAACUUGGUGAAUGAGAUGAAACUUCUGAGAAAGGAGAGCAGAAACAUGAACUCUAGAGUGACCCAGCUUUAUAUGCAACUACUGCAUGAAAUCAUCAGAAAGCGAGACAACUCCUUAGAACUGGCACAAUUAGAAACACGAAUCUUAAAUGCCACCACAGAAUCCUUGCGUUUGUCUUCACGAUACAGAGAGCUGGAGGCUAAGUAUGCAGCGCUAUCUGCGAUAGUCAACAAUCAGUCUGUGAUCAUUGGAGCGUUAGAAGAGCGCUGUAUGCAGGUGUACAGUCGCAAACAAGAGCCCCCUCUCAUGGGACCCCCAAUGGUGCAAGUGGUGCCAGAGAACAUCCCUGUAAAUGUCCCACGUUUUACCAAUGAAAUCCAGAGGGACAAUACCAGAGGCUUUGCCCGGGAAAGAGGCUCCCGCUCUGGGCCUUCACCAACCAGCGGUACCCUGGAAGCACAAGAACCUCCACACAGGAACUUCAGUGCUGAGGGUCCUUUCAAAGACUGCCUCCAGGCUCAGGAAGCGGGCCACAGCACCAGCGGCAUGUAUGUGAUCAAACCUGAUGAAGCUGAGAGGCCACAGCAGGUCUGGUGUGAGCAGGACAUAGACAACGGAGGUUGGACUGUCAUCCAGAGCAGGAAAGAUGGCUCUGUGAACUUCUUCAGGAACUGGGAUAACUAUAAGAGUGGCUUUGGUAACAUAGACGGGGAGUACUGGCUGGGUCUGGAGGGCAUCUACCUUCUGGGGAAACAGUUGGACUACAAGCUGCUGGUGGAGCUGGAGGACUGGAUGGGGAAGAAAGUGUAUGCCCAAUACAACAGCUUCCACCUGGAGCCCGAGAGUGAGGGCUACCGGCUGCGCCUGGGCGCCUACCAGGGCAACGCAGGGGACUCCCUCACCAGUCACAACGGCAAACAGUUUACCACACUAGAUCGUGACAAGGAUGCUUUUUCAGGUAACUGUGCUCACUUCCACAAAGGAGGCUGGUGGUACAACGCGUGUGGACAAACCAACCUGAACGGAGUGUGGUACAAUGGAGGAGUGUACCGCAGUAAGUUUCAAGAUGGCAUCUUCUGGGCCGACUAUGGAGGAGGCUUUUACUCUAUGAAGGGAGUACGCAUGAUGAUACGGCCUAUAGACUGAGCACAAACUCAGAAUCAGAGAUUUAAAGCAAUGGAGAGAAGCAACUUUGAAAAGCAGUAACUUUUGUGGACAUUGCAAACUACCUAUGUCGUUUAUUCUCCAACAUUCGCAGUUAAUCAGUGUAAGCUGUCAUUCUGGGCUGUGUUUUCCUCAUUACAAAGUCACUCUAUUGAGAGAAAGACUUUCAUUGAUUACUUUCUUAAGCUUGAGCAACAUGGAAUCUAAUCCAGCUCUUCCUGCCACUCUCAGAGAACUGUCUGGGGAAAACAUAUGUGGUGUUUUACUUGACCUAUAGUACUGGUGAUAUGGAAAAUCCAUUUGCUAACCGCUUAAAAAGAUUUACAUUUUUCUCUGAUCUUGCCAAAAUAUAUUUUUUAUAUGUGUAAAUGUGCAAAACAUGAGGACACUAUAUUCCCACCCAGCACUUCAAAUGACCCUUCUACUGUAUGUUACUCCUCUUAUCAUGUUAAAAUUACAGGAACCUAUAAUAUAUAUAUGUAUAAUUAACUUAUCAUAACAGAAAAGGACCUGGUGUCCUGGAGGAGCAGUAAAUUAUCCUAGCAGGAAUAGACGUAAUUUCCUCAAAUGUACAAAUGACAAUCAUUCUUCAAGUGUGCUAAAGUAAAAGCAAAUGGAAAGUGCUGUUAUAUGCUUUUCUCAUUUUGUUGUUGAUCAACUUCCAGUGAGGGACUUUGUGGGAAGGGCCAACAUGAUUUGUUUUUAGUGGUUAUGAGCUGAGAAAAAUGUGUCUAUGGAGCAUUCUCCAAGGAAAGACACAAAGAAGUAUAUUUCAAAGAAAAUAUAGACACGAGUGGGUGAAUUGAGAUGGAAUUUGUCCAAAUUUCAUUUCCAGGUUACAUUUGAGAGAAAUUUACAUUCUUUCCAUGCAAAAGUGCCUUAAGCAAAUGUUUUCUUUAAAAUACCUCCUAGUGCUUUCUUUGUAGACACACACAUCCCAGAGACCACUUAUUUAUUCAUUGU